AGAUAAAAAAUAAAGGUACUUGAUUGAUGUCUAAUUCUUGAAUGUAUAUACAUGACAAUUUUCGAUUUGUUCUAGAGCUAACAAUAAGUAAAUGCAACCCAUUAAUUCAACCAAAUCAAAAUUACGAAUAUUAGCGUUACAUGGAUAUAGGCAAUCGGAUGUAAUAUUUAGCGCCAAAUUAGGAUCUUUAAGGAAGGGAUUUAAAAAAGAAAUAGAUUUCACAUUUAUAAGGGCACCACAUAAAGUCCCAUCAAAUAAUGAAAGUGAAGAGACUGCAGAUGAAAAUGGAUACGGAUGGUGGUUUAACACAGAGGAUCAUGUAUUUAAAGCAACAGUACCUAGUGAAUUAUGUGUAGGAUUUGAGAAGAGUAUAGCCUUAAUAGAAAAAACAUUUUCAGAACAAGGUCCCUUUGACGGUAUAUUAGGUUUUUCACAAGGAGCUGCUUACGUUAGCAUAUUAUGUGCUAUGAUAAAAAGGAAAAUAUUACAGAUCGAAUUUAACUUUGCUAUUAUGAUAUCUGGAUUCAAAUCAUUGUGCGCACCUCAUGCAACAUAUUACAAUGAAAAGAUAGAUGUACCUUCGUUGCACAUUUACGGAGAGAAUGAUCAAGUCAUUCCAACAGUAAUGGCAGAACAAAUUAGCUGUCUUUAUCCAAAUAAGAAAGUGAUACGACAUGAAGGUGGCCACUAUGUACCAAGCAAAAAAGAUUUCUACAGGGAUUUCAUAAUGGAAAUGCUGGCAAAUAAAGAUCUAUAAGUAAUUAAUAAAAAAUUGUUUUAUUUUAUUAUUAAAUUUAUAAUUUUGUUUAGAGUAUGCGAUUGAGUUGUGUGAAUGAAUUUCAAAUGUAAGUACAUAUGAUUGGUUGAAUAAAUGUGAAUAUGCACAGGACACUUGAAUAUUUAAUAAACAUAUUGUGCAAUCA